UGAUUAAUCAUUAAUGUUAUUCAAUGAAAAGUUAUCGGCAUUUCCUUAAGUUUACAGAUCAAUUAUAAGUGAAUUGUGAUUUUUAAUUAUGUCAUUUAACGAUUUACCUGAUAUUUGUCUUUGGAAAAUCUUUGAAAAUAUCGAUGAGGCCAAAGAUUUGAUUCGAUUGUCUAAAGUUUGUUCGAGAUGGUCCGAUUUAAUUAGGCCGAGAUUUAAUCGAGUAAAAUAUCUUCAUUUGUUGGGUUCAAGUGAUGCGGUUGAUUAUAUCGAUCCGAAUAGUUUGUGGAUUAAUGCUGAUACGAAAUGGAAUUAUUACAAUUUAUUCAAAUUGUUUCCGAACAUUAAGAUUAUAGAUUCUUCGGCCUUUGAUUAUCAUGGAUCCUUCGAUUUACCAGAAAUUGUCAAAAAUAAUCCACAAAUAAAGGGAUUAAUUGGAUAUUUGGAUCUCCUCGGAAGCAUUUAUGACUUGUCAAAUAUCGAAAUACUCGCUUCAGAGUUUUAUUUCAAUGUUAAAAGCGUUUUUCGACCUGAUCAAUUGAAACAAGUUUUCGGCCGCUUUUUUAAUAUGGAAGAUCUUCCUUCAUUCAUUGGCUAUUUUCCAAAUUUGAAGCGACUCCACUUGCGACUCUAUAAAGCGGACCAAGUUUUAUACAAUGGACCGCAUUUGUCUUCGUUAAAGAUUCUUGAACUUAGUACAACAGAUUUGGUUGGAAAAUUCAUAGGACUUCAUUUCAUGGAUUUUUGUCCCUCUUUGGAAAGCGCUUUCAUUGGUUACCGGGCAAAGAAUAUUUUUGUAAAUGAAUCGAUAAAGAAUUACAAUCUAAGAGAUUUGGUUAUCGAAGAUAUCGAAUGGAUGCAGUCUAGUAGACUUUCGUGGCCUCUACUUAAAAAGCUGUUGUCUAAAUUUCCUAAUUUACAACAUCUAGCGAUCAGACACUUUGUUAAGCUUAAUGUUAGUAAUUUUGAUUUAGAAAAAUUGAUGAAACUAUUACCAAAGUUGAAAAUAUUGGACUUGAGAGGAUGUAAGAAAGUGACACACAAAUCAGCUGAUUUUCUGUCCAAAUAUUGUGUCAAAGAGAAUCGAGCUAUUGUUAUAUAUUACGAUUGUGAAAAUGAACCCACCGAAUGGCCUAAAUUGGUAAAUACUCGCAAACGAAUUUGCUAUGGACUGGAUUUCAUGAAACAUUUUUUCUACAAAAAAUACAUGUUUCUUCCAGAUCUCGUUGAUGAAUAAAAAUCAAUUGACUUGAAUAAAUCAAAAAGCCCAAAUAAGGUUGCUUAUUCACUAAGUUUUGUUGAGUAGGGUAAUUACAAUAAAUUGGUAAAUCACAAAUUAAUAAUUAUUUUCUGCAUUUCCUUUCUUACCAAUUGGUACUUUUUAUUGUUUUGAUGACACAUGAAAACGUUGAAAAUAAAACGAGUA